AUGUUCAACGCCAUCAACCACCUCCGCGCCAGGGUCGCCACCUUGUUCGCCGCCACCCCCGCCUCUUUUGCCCGUGAGUCUGCCGUGACGGAGCCUGUCAGCCACGCCUCGCACGCUGGCGUCUCCUCGGAGCGCAGCGUGCAGGUAGUUCCCGCUGGCAGUGUCAGCGCUCCUGCGUUCGUCCACAGCGACGACGGCAUCGACGUCGCGGUCAAUCACGUCUUCCACGCGCACGACGCGCUCACCACGUCUACCCACUGGGUGGAAGACGACUACCUCAUGACUGUCAGGAAGACCACCUUGCUCGAUGAGCCCGCCCGUACCUGUGCCAAUCGCCAAUCCGCGCUCUCUUCCGCCUCUUCUUCUACUUCCACUGCUCUUGGUCAAGGCCGAGGCGCUGGUAUCGAUAAUAUUAACAUCACCUCUGCCACCGGUACUCACGCCGACCGCCAAGCUCAGUCCCGACCAUCCUCUGGCCCUGCUCCUCGACGACGUCAGCUUGACUUCAUGAACGCCACCCACGCUCCCUACCCCCGUGGCUCUACUCGCGUUCAAGUCAUUGCUCGUCACCGAGAGCAGAUCAAGGUCACGUCCGGUGCCAUCCGAAUUCCCACCGCCAAUGGCUCUACCCGUGCCGUCAUCAAUGGCCCGCGAGUCUCGGUGGCUGCUCUCUGCAACGCGCUUUCUGGUGCCACACCUGCUACUGCCACCGCCUCGUCCUCUCGCUCUGUCUUUGCUCCAGAUGUCAUCCGCCGUGCUGAGUCUCCUGUCGGCUCUGAUCGAGCCAUCGCCAUCCGUCCCAAGCCUUCUUUCUCUUCUGCUCCGCGGGUUGCCCCUCCAGCUCGUCUUUCCCUUCGAGGCCCUCCUCCUGUCAGAACCAUUCUCAAGCGGAGAAUCAACGAAGUCCCGAACGACGAUACCGAAUCUGAACUGGCUCGUAUCCCCAAGCGUACGCGCGUCACCCCGCCUCUUCAGCUCGUUGUUUCAGCGCCUCGUCAAGUUUCUUCUUCAUCAUCUACAUCUUCCUCCCCCGCAUCCGACAUCAUCCUCACUCCUCCCCACCAGGAUGUCGCUCUGCCCGUUGACCCGCCCUCUCCCAGGUGCACUAAGCGCACCGGUGAUCAAGUUGACGAAGAUGCCGAUGCCCAGAACGAGUCCUCUUCUGAACUUCCCAGGGUAACCAAAACAAUUCGCUUCGAUACCGUCCCUGCUUCCGCUGGUGAUGCCAACUACUCCAGGGCCGACACCCGAACCGCCUUUGUAUCUCCGCCUCGGGCCUUCUUGCUUGGCGCACCUCCAUUUUCGCCCCUUCCAAGCCAUACGGUCGUCCCGGAGACUGUCACGGCUCAAGGCACUCGCGCUACGUUUGCUCCUCCUCCUCGUGCUUUCAUGGUCGGGGCGCCUCCUUCCACCCCUCUGCCCUGUACCUCCGGCAGAGAGUCAUUCCUCGCCCGAGGUGCUGCAGCUGCAGCGCCUCCAUCAUAUUCUCGCGGGGCUCUCAGCAGGUCUGAAUCAGAUCUGCCUUUAGUGUCCCUUCUUGAGCUGGUGACGGGCAGGUCGUCCAGUACUUCGCGUGUAAACUCUUACGAAGCAUGA